AAGCGCGACAAGGAAGUAACCAUAAAAUUUACGCAAGGUGUAAAGCAGAGCACUAUUCCGAAGUUCUUACCGGGCUUCUCCCAGUUUUCAGCUGCGAAAAUGAAGUUUCUUGUCUGUCUGGUGUUCUUUGUCUCCGCGGACUUCACUUCAGGCCAGUCGACCGUCCAAGGGAUGCACAGUUGUUCGGCCCAAGGCCCGCCAGGUCUGCCCGGGAGGGACGGUCGGGAUGGCCGAGACUGUCCCUGUGGAACAAAAGACACACAGAUAAGUGAACUGCAAAGCAAGUAUCAGGAGCUGAGAGACCAGACGUCAGGCCUAAGGCAACAGAAUGAAGAUCUUGAGCAGAGGCUGUCAGUCCUUGAGGACCGCAUCGGGAACAAAACUCAGUCUGACUCAGCAGGUUAUCCGCCAUCCAGCUGCACCGAAGUAGCAGAAAGAAGUGGAAUUCAUGACCAGGCUUUCUACAUGAUCGACCCAGACGGACCCGGACGUGGGGUUCUGCCGAUGGUUGUUCAGUGUGAUCUUCAGGGAGAAACACCAAUUACGCUGAUUAGCCACGACAGCGAGGCCCGCACACAUGUGAAAGGGUUUAAAGGUGCAGGAAGCUACUCCAAGGAUGUGACAUACUGGAACAGCAUGGAACAAGUGAGAGCUGUGGUGGACCAGUCAAGCUCCUGCAAACAGCACAUCAAGUAUGAAUGCUAUGGUUCAGUGAUCUGGGAUGGCAGCACACCUUACGCCUGGUGGGUGACUUGGGACGGUCGCCAGGCUGACUACUGGGGAGGUGCCAGUCCUGGGAGUGGAAAAUGUGCCUGUGGGCAAACAGGCGCAUGCUCUGGUAGCUGCUACUGUGACGCCAAUGAGAACACAUGGCGUGAGGAUUCUGGGUUCCUGUCUCACAAGAAUGACCUGCCGGUCACCCAGCUCAGGUUCGGGGAUACCGAUGAUGCUCCGAGUGAAGCAGGCUUCUACGCCCUGGGAAAACUCAUCUGCUAUCCCUGAGUCUAUGUGCCAGGGCUCGAAAUACUGGGUGCAUGUGCUGUAGAUGUAGCAAGUGAAGGAUUACCAUAUACAUUGUAUAUGAAUGUGUUUGAGUAAGAAUAAGCAGAGCAGAACUUUGUAAGGCUAGACCAUGUAAAGGUAAACAUUAUGCAUUUGCUUUGCAAAUAUUAAUGAUACCUUUCUAGCCAGGCAUUAUAUUAGCAGUAAAUGAUACAAGGCCUAAGGUGUCAAUGGUGACGGAAGUGUUACAUUUAACAGAAAACGUGUUAUAUUUCAAACCAAAGAAAAGAGUGGUUUGUGGACUUGAUGUUUGUUUUGUCUACAUUUAUUUGGUUUUUGUGUUGUCAAAGAUUUUCUCAUUCAUCGUAUAACAGGUAGUGGCAUGUAAUGCAUUGUACAUACAGCAGCUCAACUCAUUGUUAUUUUGUGUUUGCCGAAAUAAAUAAUGGA